AUGCCUUCCACGGCGUCUGUUGCUUCCGCCAGUGGGACUUUUCUGCCAGUGGGUUUGUUGCUUCCCACUGCCGCCAGUUACCGGUUGCCGGUUGCCAGUUGCCAGUUGCCAGCCGCCCAUUUUCCUUCCACUGGCGGGUCCAUUUAUCUCACUGGUAGGAGCCAUUUAUCCCACUGGUCGGACAUUUGCUUCCUGUUGCUUCCUGUUGCUUCUGCCGGGGAACUCGAUGGUUCCAUUUCUGCCGCAAAGGUGUCGGCUAUGUCGUGUCCUCAAGACACCUCGUCAAAAGCCGAUAAGGCUCACCAGAAGCCCAACAAGGGCGCCUAG